AUGGACCUCUCGACCAUAACUUCGGCCGAGCAGGUUUUUACCUCACCUUCCAACACGCUCCCGCAGAUCCGGGCAAUCCACAAGGCGCUGCACACGCAGAUCGACGACCGCGCCUCGCGCCUGCGCACCCAGGUCGGCACCUCGUACCGCGACCUGCUCGGCACCGCCGACGCCAUCGUGCGCAUGCGCCGCGACAUGGCUGAGGUCCAGUCCGUGCUGGGCCGCAUGGGCGGGCGCUGCGGCCGCGCCGUCGUCGGUGCCAAGGCAGAGGGCCUGCAGCGCUUUGUCGGGCUGGGGGACGCCAAGGGCAGAAAGCUGUCGGUUGCUGCCCGGGCCAGGCUGCUGGACGCGUGUGCGCUGGCGGCCAGGCGGGUGCUGAGGACAGGCGAGGCCAAGAGGGGCGACAGGCUGCUGAUCGCCGCCAAGGUGCUGCUGCUGAGCAGGCUGGUAGGCAAGAGCCUGAGCGAAGGCGGUGACCUCGUCGACCCGCAGGUCAGGGCGUCGAUCGACGCGUCGUGGAAGAGCCUGCGGAGGAGGAUCGAAAGGGUUUUGGAGGUCGUGGACGAGGAACUGGUAGGCCGCGACGACGUCGUCAAGGCGCUGUGCGCGUACAGCCUCGCCACCAACGCCGGCUGCCGCGAGGUUCUGGGCUUCUUCCUGCGCGUCAGAGCCCGCGCCAUGACGUUGGCGUUUGCGCUCGACGAGGACUCUGAGCAUGAGGGCGACGGCGGGCAGAGCUCCAAGGCUGCGCUCACCUGCCUCAGGCUUUUCACCAGGACCAUGUUGGAUGUGCAAGCUCUGAUGCCGACGAAGCUGGUGGAGGCUCUAAAGGGGCUGAAGAAGAAGGCGAUUCUGGAGGACGAGGCCCUAUUGAAGCUCGAGGGGCUUCGGCUGGAUCUGUCAGCGAGGUGGUGCGGUGACGAGAUCCGAUACUACAAGCCAUACAUUCGCCACGAUGACAUCGAGGGCAAGCAAGCAAAGGAGAUGCUAACGGGCUGGGCGGAGCGCGGUGGGGAGACGCUCAUCAAAGGCCUGGAGAGGACGCUGACCCGGCUGCACGACCUGGGAGCGGUGCUGGAGCUGCGGUCCAGCGUGCUGCAGUGCUGGAUCCGCGACGGGGGCCGCAUCAGGGGCUACGACCCGGCCGUCAUGCUCGACCAGCUGCGGACGGCCAUCAACACGUACACGCUCGAGAUGCUGGCCGGCAAGGUCCACAAGCUGCGCCUCGUGGGCUCCGAGAUGUCGGCGACGCUGGACGGCUGGCGCGCCGGCGUGACGGACGAACAGCGUGGCCUGUGGGACGACGAGGGCAUGGACCUGUCCCUGUCUGGCGGCGCGGCUCUCUUUACGCAGGACGUCGUGGCCAGGCUCUAUGGUCGCAACGACGCUGUGUCCAAAGCGGUCAACUGCUACGAGUCGUGGCACCAGGUUGUGAAAGAGGUUGACGAGAGGGUCAAGGUGCUCCGUAAGCAACGGUGGGAUAACGAUGCCGACGAGAUUGAGGACGAGGAGACCAUCGAGCAGAGGCAGCAAAUUCUCAGCUCGGAAGACCCGCAGACGCUGCAGGAUCAGCUCAGCAAGUCACUGGAGACGGCAUUCAGGGAGCUCGACGAGCAGGCCGACGACCAGAAAAGGGGCCACGUGGCAAUGUACCUCGCCCGCGUGCUCCGGGAUGUACGAAGUCGACUACCCGACGAGGUCAAGACGGCUAAAACGCUGGGGGCAUCCCUGAUCCCGCAGCUUCACGAGGUGAUCGUCAAGACGGUGGUGGCUGCUCCUCUGGAGGACUUUACAAAGAAGGCCCUGGCCAGGACCAGCGUAGUCGGGCGUAGCUUAUGGGAAGGCGAGGAUCCGGCUCUGCCGAGCAUGCCGUCGGCCGGCGUGUUUACGUUGUUGAGGGCGCUGGUUGCGUCCAUGGGAGAUGCCGGGCUGGAUCUCUGGAGUCCCACUGCCGUUGUUGCACUGAAAUCGUACCUGAGGGGACAACUAAGGGAGGCGUGGCUAGAGGCUGCCAAUCAACACAAUUCCAGUGAAGGCAAACUCGAAGAAAAGAAGAGUGCCGAAAGUGCGGAGGAGGAGAAGCCUGAGCGGUCCGAGGGUGCAGAUGCUGACGAGGAGGAUGAGGGCGCCAAGGGAGACGAAGAAAAAGCCGCAUCUACAGAGGACGAUCAAGCAGCGGAUAAGACACAUGUUUCGGCGGAGCAACGAAAAGAACUCUUUACACAAUGGCUAUACGAUGUCCUGUUCCUCCAGGGUAGUCUUGGUUCAGCGAACGGGGCCUCCAAGGAUGAGCUCAAGGACUUGGAGGAUGCCAUGUACAAGCAGACGGAGCUUGCCAAUGAUGCAGCGCGGAAGCAGAUGUCUAAAUCGGCUCAGGAAUACUGGAAACGUACCAGCCUACUCUUUGGGUUGCUGGCAUAA